AUGGGCAAGGUGUACGAGGACGCCGCCGUAACUCUGGUUGCCGCCAGUGGUUCAGAUGCCAAUCACGGUCUGCCAGGAGCACCGGGUCACCCAAAUCCAAGUAAAGUCCAUCCUCCAAUUACGGUCGAUGGCUGCAUCGUAACUGAGGAAGCGGUACCGAUUGAUUGGGAAAUCCAGAAUUCCAGGUGGGCUAAUCGGGGUUGGACUUUCCAAGAACAGUUUUUCUCGCGGCGAUUCCUCAUCUUUAGCCCAUCGCAGGUUUCCUUCGAGUGUCGAUGUAUCUCCUUCUCGCCAAGAUUUGGAUUUCGAGGCAAUGAGCGUAAGACAUCUUUGAAGACCCUUCGUCCGGCAAUGAAGAGCCUGUUCAGCAGUCUACAUGGACGCAACGAGGUUUACGGGGCAGAUAGUCUACGCAGGUAUCGGGCCCUUGUCGCCGAGUACUGGCCACGAUUACUCUCAAUGGAGGAGGAUGGAAUCAAUGCAUUCGCCGCGAUCCUGGUGCAUCUCAAAGACCAGUGGAAUGCUGAGCUUCAUGAACCCACAAUGACUUUUACGGCAGGAAUGCCCCAUCUGAUACGGCAACAUGCAGAAUCGCCCGAGCCAAGCCUGAAACUGUUUGUCAAUGGGCUAACCUGGUAUUCCAAACACCCCUCGAGACGACGCGAAGGCUUUCCAUCAUGGUGCUGGGCAGGUUGGACUUCGCCUGGGAUGCAGGCGCGACUCAGGUGGUCGUCUGAUGAUAUGUCGCCAGAUGAUAUGUCGCCACUACUACUGGUUCGAAAUAUCUUUUUCAGAAGCAGCCCUGAUAUUGACACUUCUGGCGUCCAAUGGCAUCAAACAACCACACCUGAACGUGUUCCAAUCGCAGAACACGACUUUCCCAAUGUGCCUGAAGCUGUUAUAUUUGAUGCACCAGUUGUCUAUCCCGGCGCUGUUUCAUGGCCGGAAUGGCGAGAGCUCCCUUCGCUCUGGGGGCUCCACCGGGUAUUUUGGUGUCUUGCUGACACAAGCCUUCUAAUACGUGAUGAGUUCAUGAAUCAUAUUGUGAAUGGGGAAUACUGCUUGCUUGCGCUAAUACAUGAAGAAGAAAAAAGAAUGGAUGGUGCUUCUAGCUCAGCUACGUUUUUGAUUGUUCGCCAGGUUGAUCAGUAUCGGCAUGAACGAAUUGGUCUUGCGCAACUUUGGGGCAUGGAUGCGAAUGAGCAAUUGAACAGAGACUCGGAGAUCAAGACGUGGGAGCUUAUUUAA